AUGUCCCCAACAGCGACUUCAGCCUCGAGCAGUGCUGCCACAACCACUGCUGGGAGUGGCGGGGAAAAUACGAAUUCAAACAGUGCCACCAGCUCACCUUUAUUGUUCUUCGUCGCUCUUGGGUUUGGUGUGGUAUUUACCAACCUUUGGAUCAUCGUUGGAGUCAAGUACUGUUUCCGGUACAAUCAACGAAACCGCCAUCUUCGAAAUGAGGAAGCAGGAGAGCCAAUAGAUUUGACGAUCAUGCCGCGGACUCACCGGAGGAGGAGAGAGAAAAAGCUGAUGACAAUGGACGAAGUCAACGGGCGAUUUCCACUUGUCAAAUACAAAGUUUGGAGAUCAUCUCGCGCCAAUCAAGGUCUUUCAACGGAGGGGGGUAUUACUGCACCGAAUAGCAGGCCACAGAGUCUGAAGGAUGAGAGUGAUAUCGUAACAACAGUGGUCGAUGUUUCCACAGCUGCAGUAUCGCCAUUUGCCAAGGAUCACGGACUGAUGAAUUCCACUACAUCGCCAAUAUCACCUCAUAGGUCACACUUGGACUUACCGGACCAAGACGUAUGUUCAGAGCAAGGAACGCCUUCGAAUCAGGACAACACUGAUACAAGUAUCCGGGGAGAAAAAUGCCAACAUUCUUUGAUAAAUGAGAGCAUACAGUUCGAUCUUGAAGGAGAUGACGAUGGUGACCAUAUUCGUCACGCCGUUCCUGCUGACCUCCUGCCCAACCCUGGAGAUUCUUGCGCCAUUUGCCUUGAUACCAUCGAGGAUGAUGAUGACAUUCGGGGACUUACAUGCGGGCAUGCUUUCCAUGCUUCCUGUGUAGACCCCUGGCUAACCAGCAGAAGGGCGUGCUGCCCUCUAUGCAAAGCCGAUUACUAUGUCCCUAAACCCCGUGCGCAAACCGAAGCACAGUCUGCCGAUCGCCAAGGCUAUCGUACUGCCGCAAAUCCUGUGGAUGCAAUUCUGAGACCUUCACGGGCCGCUCAUCAUGGAAGUCGGAGUAAUGCAUUCCGGGUACAGAGGUUUAUGUCUGGUCGAAUGUUCCAGUCAAGGAACCCCGAAGAACCUGAAGACGGAGAUAUCUCUCCAACCCAAGACCAGCAUCUGCGCCGGCGCGAUGAGCCUUGGGGUCCAGACCGUUCUCCAGACCGCCAGGAUCGAUCUAGAUGGUCACGAUUGAUCCCAACUGGACUCCGUCGGCCUUUCCCUUCCUCGCCGAGAGGGUCUCGUCCGUUGCCUGAAGAUGGACGUUCCUCUCUGGAUCCUGUGCCCUCGGCACAACGUACACCUCGUCAGGUGGAAGCCGGAACAUCAUGA